AUGAGUGCCAACGAGCGAAGUGAUGGUCUGCUCAGGGCCCUGCAAGACUUGCCAGAGGCGGACCGCGAUCGAAUAGUGAAGCAUCUUCCGCCCGAGGAAGUGCAGAACGUCUUCUCACUUCUCCUUCGCAAGCAAGACAGAGUUUCGCUUCCGCAACCUCAACCUCCCGUUCAUGCUACAUCGAGUGCACCACAGAUGGCCCCUGCAGAUGAGCCAGUUGCUGCUCCUAAGAGGCGAAGGAGUUCUGCGGCGAGCUUCGAUGACUCAAAGCGAGCAAGGACCGAUGCAGCUGAAGAGCAAGAAAUUGUCACUGCUGCGGCGCACUUGGAAGUGAAGAAAGAGCAAGUGCCAGCAAACGCUGAGGUGGCUGGACAGCAAGAAAAUGGCAAUUCUACCGCGCGUUUACCAGUGAAGAAAGAGCAGAAGAUCAUCGACCUCAUUAGCGACGACGAAGAGCCGGAACAUGAGGUCAAUCACCAGCAGAAUGUUGGAGAUAGGUGGACGCGGACCUGUAUACGAAGGCUGCCAAAGCCCCGAGCGGCUCGGGAGUCAAACGAUCUAUCUAAGCAGCGGAAGCCUCAAGCGCAUCGGGAGCCUCGUGAUCUACCGAUGUACUUGCGAGUCUGCAACGAGCGGGGCCAACAUGUCUUGAAGGACUUUGACGACCUUCCGGUCCUUGUCCAGGCCGAGCUGAAGCGACGCUACGAGGAAAUGCACUCAUCUACUAAGGACAGGAGGGAUUAUUACGCAGGUUGCUCCCUCAAACCGGAAAAUUACACAGACGAUCCGGACAAGCAAUUUUGCAUCCGCAACACCAUCGUCCGUGGGUCGGGUAAAACCAGGCAGGUCUUCAGCCAAGGUGGCCAUUUCAAGGCUACGGCGGAUGACAGAUGUAUCAAUGCUGGUUCACCUUGUGCUCACUUCCACAGGCACGAGCUCAACCGUGAUUACAUCAUUCGCCUAGUACCCUUGCCGAGCACUCUACGCCAGGGCAAGAACUGGAGGGAUCUUGGGUACUGGGUGCUGUGA